UUCAGAUUAAUUAAAAAUGGCGGGCCGGAAAAGUUUCUAUACAUAAAUGCUAUGAUCAUUCAUGUCUUAACGUCUUUCUUCUCUGUUCAAAUUUAUAAUCUUUCAUAGGCCGGGUCACUUUCAAGAGGAAAAUGUAAGAUUUCAAGAAGGUCCAAGAACAAGUUGCUGGAAAAAUUGGUAUUCCUGUGAUUCCCCGACCCAGGUCUCUAGUGGGUCAUCUUCCAGGGCCGCCAUCAUAAGCGGAUAUUAAUUUUUGUGGGAACUUUUUUCGACAGUUUAAACCUUGAGUAAGCUUACUUCUGCUGUUUUCUCUGGCGAAGUCGAAACAAGUAUAUGUCGUCUCUAGGAGCAACUUUGCAGUCGGACUUUAUAUAGAUCUGAGGUGAUUUUCGAUCGGUAAACAUUGAAGCCGGCAAAUCAAGCUUACCAUGAGCAAGGCGGAAAGAGAUCGAUUGAUCAAUGAGCUUCCAAAGUUCUACACAGCCGAUGCAGCUCCAAGACAAGCUCUUAAUUUUCAUCCUAAAACAAGGGAUGCAUGUUCUACAGGAAACACUGGCAAUAUAUCUUUAAAGGUAGCCAAGUCAAUAGUUGUUGGUGACAGUGCUGUGGGCAAAACAUGUCUAGUUAACAGAUACUGUCGCAAUUUGUUUGACAGAGACUACAAAGCAACCAUUGGUGUGGACUUUGAGGUUGAGCGAUUCAUGAUUCUUGAUCAAGAGUUCAACAUGCAGAUCUGGGAUACAGCUGGCCAAGAGAGAUUCAAAUGCAUGGCUGCAUCUUACUACAGGGGAGCUCAUGUGGUAAUUUUGGUGUUUGACCUGACAAAUAUCAAGUCCCUUCACAGUACAAAACAAUGGCUGGAAGAGGCUUUGGAACAAAACACAACAACAUGUCCUGAAAUUUUCCUUGUAGGCUCCAAGAAGGAUCUCUGUAAAGACACUAACUUCUCACAGAUGGAGAUGAGUGCCUUAAAAGUAGCAGAAGACAUCAAUGCAGAAUACUGGAGUGUUUCAUCCAAAUCAGGUGAGAAUGUCACAGAGCUUUUCCGUCGUAUAGCAGCCAUAACAUUUGAACAAGCAAUCCUUCGUGAACUAGAGACUCACGGAAAAAGAACUGGAGGACCGCAGAUUGGCAGUGGAGGUGUUUUGAGAGUGGAGAAGAGAAAAAAAGAAGAAGAAGAAAAAGAAAGGCGACAAAGAUCGAAGUGCUGUGGGGGUCGUGGGCAUUAGUCCCUUGAUGGGAAAUUCCACGCAUGUGCGGCAGAACGGUGCAGCUGGUCUGUUAUAUCAGGGGCGCGGACAUCCGUCUGAAACUUAAUUUGUGAAAAUGCAAGCUAAACGACUUGGAGAUGAGACAUGAUGAAGAUACAAGAAUGUGGCAUUCUUAAUCAUUUCUGAUUACGUUAUAACCGUGAACUACCGUCUUUACCAUAUCGUAAGCCUGUAUUUUUUCUUGCAGUGGUUCGAAUGGUACAGUCGAAGUCUUCGCGAGUAUUCGUGAGUACCCGCUGUAUUUUCUGACUGACUGAUGGAAAAAGCUUCUUGCAAAUCAUGAUCCCUCAAAUUAUAAAUUAACGAAUUCAAAAAAUGGCAUUGAUAAUUAUUUUUAUGGAAAAAAACAAGCCUAUAUAGUGAUGUAUAAUGUAUUUUAAUGGUGUCAACUGGGCACAGACACCGACGUGUGAAUAUAUUUUAUAAAAAUAAAAGAGUGAUAUUUUGUUA